AGCCGCGAGCCAACAACGCGAAUCUACAGCCUACGGCCGCCGACGCAGCGUCACGUUCGCUCAUUCAUCGCUCGUUUUUCUCGCGCGAACGGUGUCUUCCCGGCUCGUCCCGUCCUCGUCCAACGUCUUCGACUUAGUGAGGCAGCUCGCGCCUCGACUUGAAGGGAACGCGAGAAAGGAGGAAAGAGAGAAUCAAAGGGAAAGAGCGAGGUACUCCAAUUAAGCAUGAGAUCCAUCGGUGGAUUCUGUUUGGCGGCACUCUGCCUGGCCGCGACCUCCCUUGCCAAGGUCGAGACAGACGAGGGUGUCCUAGUAGUCACCAAGGACAACUUCGAAAGCGUCAUCCAGGACAACGAGUACGUGCUCCUCGAAUUCUAUGCCCCAUGGUGCGGACACUGCAGAGCGCUGGCGCCCGAAUAUGCCAAGGCAGCAAAAAAAUUAGAAGCGAUGGAUUCACCAAUCAAAUUGGCCAAAGUGGAUGCAACAGUCGAGACACAACUCACUGAGAAACACUUAGUAAGAGGAUAUCCUACUCUCAAGUUUUAUCGUAAAGGAGCUCACAUCGAUUAUACUGGUGGUCGUCAAGCAGAUGACAUUGUAAACUGGCUGAUCAAGAAGACUGGUCCUCCUGCCAAAAACCUGCCUACAGUCGACGAAGCUAAAGCAUUUAUCGAUGAGCACAAAGUUGCCAUUGUUGGAUUCUUUAAGGACGUUGAAAGUGAUGCCGCCAAGGUAUUCUUGGAAGUUGGUAGCACAGUGGAUGAUUAUGUAUUUGGUAUUACAAGCGCUGAUGAAGUAUUCAAGGAAUAUGAAAUUGAAGAUGGAAAGAUCGUGUUAUUUAAGAAGUUUGAUGAAGGCAAAGCUGUUUUUGAUGGCGAGCUCACGGCUACAGCUGUGCAAAACUUUAUUUCUGUAUAUUCAUUGCCUUUAGUUGUUGAAUUCAAUCAAGACACAGCACAGAAGAUCUUUAGCGGAGAUAUCAAGAGCCAUUUGUUACUUUUCCUCAGUAAAGAAGCUGGUCAUAUUGAAAAAUAUGUUGAAGUAAUACAAGAGCCAGCGAAGAAAUAUCGUGGUGAGGUCCUGUUUGUGACGAUCGACUGUGAUGAAACCGAUCACGAACGUAUUUUGGAGUUCUUUGGUUUAAAGAAAGAAGAUAUACCUACCAUGCGGCUUAUCAAGCUCGAACAGGAUAUGGCCAAGUACAAGCCUGAUAAUCUAGAGAUUACCACCGAAAACGUUAUGGGAUUCGUCACCGAUUUCAUAGAAGGCAAAUUGAAGCAGCACCUCCUUACGCAAGAAUUACCGGAAGAUUGGGACAAGAACCCAGUUAAAGUUCUCGUCGGCACAAACUUCCAUGAAAUUGUCUUCAAUAAGGAGAAGGAUGUUCUUGUUGAAUUCUAUGCACCUUGGUGCGGUCAUUGCCAACAGUUAGCGCCGAUUUAUGAACAACUUGGUGAAAAAUACAAGGACGAUGAUAAGUUGAUUAUCGCAAAAAUGGAUGCUACUGCUAACGAGUUGGCAGAUAUAAAAGUCAGCAGUUUCCCCAAGAUCGUGCUCUACAAAAAAGAGACGAAUGAGGGUGUGGAAUAUAAUGGCGAGAGGACACUCGAAGGUCUUUCCAAAUUUAUCGAUUCUAACGGAGCGUACGGGCAAUCCGCAGAAGAGGCUCAGGAAGAGGAUGAAGACGAUGACGUGCCAAGGAAGGACGAGUUGUAAACGCACAUAAUCAAUCAUUAUUAUAAGAAGUAAAAUCAACAUUGACUCGUCUCUUGUAUUUCCUGCAUCCAGUCAACUCCAUAAUUUCCUGCUUUACACAAUAUUUCAUUUAUUACAAUGAUAAGAAGAAAAUUUAAUGGUGCAUUUUCACACAUUUGUUAAUUUAGGAAUUAGAUUUAGGUUAAAUGUCGCAGUGUACAAUUUGUAAUUAAGAAUUUACGUUUGCAGUUUUGCACAGGGUUAUCGUCACGAUAUCAGCUUAAAUGGCAUACUUUCGUGAUAGAAUUGUUUUAUUUUGAUAUUAAAAUGUAGAUUACAAAGAAUAAAAGUCUACGAUGUACUUGAAAUGUUUAAUGCGCGCGAUAAUAUAAAUUGUAUUUCUACUGAUAAUAUGAUAAUAUCAUUGUAAUCUACAUGAUAAUAUGAUAAUAUCAUUUGCGUUACGUAUGUCGAUAUAAUUACAUCGACUAUGUAUCCGGCAGUUAUGAUAUAGCUUUUUCUUACCCUUUGAAAACUGCAGCGUUUAUAUAGUUUCGCAUCUUUAUCAUUCCACAUUGUGGAAAUGAAUCAUUAACAAGAAUCACGAAAAAAA